CCGCUGCCCGCUUUCGCUUUCGUUUCCCGCCCGGGGCCGCGCUUCCCCGCCCCGCGCCCUGCUCGGGCUCCCAGCGCUGAGGGGCCGGCGGCUGCGCCGCGCAGCGCCGCUUGAUGGGGAUCCUGCAGAGUUACAGUCCGUUGAGCUGGGCAGCGGGCAGUUCAGGGCCAAGCAUGGUAAUGGAUGAGGACAGCUUGGUGAUCCCCAUCAAAAAAGAUGUCUAUGAAGUUCUUAAGAAAAGAGAGAACUGCCUAAGUAAUCUCAUUUAUAAAAAGUUUGUUUGUAUAUCAACCUUCAAAAGUACAAAAGGUGCUGUUGAAGUGUACAGGAAAAAACUGAAGCAGGGAAUUUACAUUUGUGUUUGUAAGGAUGAUCUCACAAGACACAAGGUCGAUGCUUUGGUGAAUGCAGCCAAUGAAUAUCUAGAUCAUGCAGGAGGCCUUGCUUUAGCCCUUGUGAAUGCUGGAGGGUCAGAAAUACAAGAACAAAGCAAUCUUCAUAUUAAAAAGUAUGGAAAACUCACAGCUGGCAAAAUAGCAGUGACAGGUGGAGGGAAGCUUCCUUGUAAGAAAAUUAUUCAUGCAGUUGGUCCAAGGUGGACCAUUUAUGAAAACGAAAGAUGUUGUGACCUACUUCACGAAGCUAUUGUGAACGUUCUGAAAUACGUUAGUGCUCCAGAAAAUGCUAUAAAGUCUGUGGCUAUCCCAGCAGUGAGUUCAGGUAUUUUUGGCUUCCCGCUCAGUUUGUGUGCUCAGGUAAUUGUGAUGGCUAUAAAGGAAUUUGUUGAGGCAGGUCCACCAAGCUGUCUCAGGGAAAUCCGCCUGGUGAACAUCUAUGAGCCUGCAGUUGCAGAAAUGAAGAAGGCCUGUGAAAAGUUUCUGGGUGAUCCUAGUUCACUUCCAGAAACUCUUUCAGUUUCACCCAGCCAGUCUUCAACUUUCAUCAAACUUGGAGGCACUCGCUUGCGCAUCAUAAGAGGAUUCCUUGACGAGCAGAAGACUACAGCUGUUGUUAAUACUGUGUCUGUGAAUGGCGAGCCUUACGUUCCAGUUUCAGGCAGACUGCUGCAAAAAGCAGGUCCAGCUCUUCAGGAUGAACUUAUGUCUCAGAUUAGAUAUUCUUCGUCUUAUAAAGAACUCGUAGUAACAAAAGGGUAUAAUCUGCCCUGUGAGUUUGUACUGCACAUUGUAUGGCCGCAAUACCACCACACCGUGUUGCUGUGUGAGGUAUUAAAAAAUGCAGUGACAAGAUGCCUGUAUUGUCUUCAGGACUAUCAGUCUCCUUCAGUUUCUUUUCCAGCAGACGGGAUUUGGUCAUUAAUGCUGCCUGUUGAUACAGUGGCAGAGAUCAUGACUGAAGAGGUUUUAAAAUUUGCCAGGAUACACCCUGAGAAUAAGAUAGAUGUGCAGUUUGUCUUUUGCCCCGAUGACAACAAUGCCUAUCAGGCUUUCCAGAGGAAACUUCAUUCAGCAACACACAAACUGGGAGAAAAGCAGUGUUACAACAGCAGUGAUUAUUUGAGUAAAGAGUCAGGCAGUCAAAGCAUAAAAGAGACUGCAGAUAAUGAACCAGCUAUUGAACUUAACGGGAAUACACAUACAAUAUUGGAAACAGCAGAAUCAUGGAUCCAAGGCAUAUUACAAAUUCAGGAAACUCACCGUGCUGUUAUUGAAAACAACUACAUCUUUAGCCUUGGUAAAAAAGAGUUUGCAGAACUGUCUCAAGAGUGGCACUCUAGCGUAUGUGUACUUGAAGAAGUGAGAGGUGGAAAAGCAAGGCUGGAAUUCCAAGGCCCUCCUGAUGCUGUGAUUGAUGCAGUGCUCACAACUGAAAAAUUGCUGCUCCGUAUGCAACAGAAUACUGCAGCCAGACAAGAGGAACUGCUGUACUUAGUGGGCCAACCAGAAGCAGGUCAGCUUUCAGAAGGAGGCAGUCACAAGACAGAUAGUACCAACUGCGUCCGUAUUUCACUGGUGGAAUCACACCUUCAGGAGUUUAAGGACAGACAGAAGCAAUUUGAAAAGGCUGGGCUUUGUGUUCUCAAGAUUGAAAAGAUACAUAAUCCUCUUUUAUCUGCUGCAUUCCACCAAAUGAAAAAAAACAUAGAAGAAUACCAACGUACCUCCAAAAUAACCCACAAGUUGUACCAGUGUGUUCCUGCUCAGUUCUGUAGCUCAGUAUGCCAAACUGGAUUUCACAGGCUGUAUUCUCCACCAACAGAUCAAAAAUACGGAGCUGGCAUCUACUUUAAAAGGAACCUGAAAAACCUAAUCGAGGAUAAAGACAUGUGGGAGACAGACUCUAAAAUGUAUGUGUUUGAGGCUGAUGUAUUAACAGGCUUAUAUACUAAAGGCAAGCAGUCUUGUAUUAUGCCACCAGCAGUCGAGGGAGAUGAUGGUAAGGUGUACGAUAGCUUAGUAGAUGAUGUCAACAAUCCCAGCACCUUUGUCAUCUUCAACGGUGUUGCAGCCCUGCCACAGUAUUUGUUGAUUUGUUCCCAGGUGAAGGAGAGCUAUAUGGCCCCCUGAGGAAUACAGCAGCAUGCUGAGUAUGAAUUAAUCAAAACGGUAGCUAUUGGGAAGGCCCCCCCAGAACAAAGUCUAGUACUAGAUUUUAAGAGGAUGCUCUACCUAGUAACAUGCUGUGAUCAAAGUGCCUUGUGCAAAGUGCUCUGAAAUAUCCGUGAACAAAAAAAGUACACGAGUACCUUAAGGAGAUUAGAACAAAAUUAUCUGUGAGUGGAAAUGGAAGGGAAAGCAUCACAAAAUACAGUUUAACAUUUAUCUGGUCAUUUACUUUAUGCCUUAAAAUAUCCUGAGCAUGUGACUAUACAGUUGAUAUUUGUGUACGUUGUCAUUCUUCCGUUACAUUUUUCUUAAUCUCAGAUACUGCAUAUGUUAGCAAAAUGCAAGAAAUUUUGGUUGUGCCUUCGAUUCUUACACUUUCUUUUGACUUAAAAUAGAUGAAUGUAUCAGGUGAAAGCUGUUUCCCACUUAGGGGCAUGCCAUCAAAUAUACAUGGUUGUGACAGAUGUUAAGGCAAUGCUUCAUCAUUUCUAAGAGUAUUUGGUGUUACAGUUUUUAUUAGUUAAGAUAUUCCGUGCAUUGUAGGUACAUGUAUUCAAAAUAAAAAGUAUGAAUGAUGCUAUUA